ACUCCUCUGGUUGUGUGCACAGCUCUGGCAGCCGCUGCUCACAAAUGUGAGCUCCAGGAUCACGAAUGCUUUCUGUGCAGGGAAUGUCUUGAGUUCCUGACCCCAAAACCUCCUCCAAAGCCCUGGAGAAGGCAUGGACGGGGCUGAGCAGCUCCCUGCAGGCAGGGGAGGCUCCCCCAGCCUGGAGCACAAGAGGAGCAGGGGCUGCGGGACCUCGCUGGGGUUUCUGUGUCUGUUCCCCAUCCUGGCUGUGCUGGCAGCUGUGGAAUUUCCAGCUGGAGCUGCAGUGCAGGAAAUUCAGGAAGAUGUGCCAGGCCCAGCUGUGCCCAGCCCAGCCCCUGCCCAGCGCAGCCGCCGCUACACCCUGACCCCCGGGCACCUCAGGUGGGACCACUUCAACCUCACCUACAAGAUCCUGUCCUUCCCCCGGCACCUGCUGAGCGCCAGGGCCACGCGCCGGGGGCUGGCGGCCGCGUUCCGCAUGUGGAGCGAGGUGUCCCCGUUCAGCUUCAGGGAGGUGCCCCCGGAGCUCCCCAGCGACCUCAAAAUCGGUUUCUACUCCAUCAACCACACAGACUGCCUGGAGUCCCUGACCCACCACUGCUUCGACGGCACCACGGGGGAGCUGGCCCACGCCUUCUUCCCUCCCCACGGGGAAAUCCACUUCGAUGACCACGAGUAUUGGAUCCUGGGCAACACCAGGUUCAGCUGGAAGAAAGGAGUGUGGCUCACUGACCUGGUGCACGUGGCUGCCCACGAGAUCGGGCACGCGCUGGGCCUGAUGCACUCGCUGAACCCCAACGCGCUCAUGCACAUCAACGCCACCCUGACGGGCAGGAAGAGCAUUUCCCAGGACGAGGUGUGGGGGAUCCACAGGCUCUACGGCUGCAAGGACAGGUUAUUCAUGUGCCCAGGGUGGGCUAAGAAAGGAUUCUGUGAGGAGCGCAGGAAGCUGAUGAAGAAACACUGCCCGGCCACCUGCGACUUCUGCUACGAAUUCCCAUUUCCAACGGUGCCCCCCACUCUGCCCCCACCAAGGACCAAAACCAAGACGGUUUCUGAGGGCAGGAACGUCACCUUCCGCUGCGGGCAGAAAAUCAUCCACAAAAAAGGCAAAGUCCACUGGUAUAAAGAUAAGGAACUUCUGGAAUAUUCCUACCCAGGGUAUUUAUCCCUCAAUGAAGAUCACAUGAGCAUCAUUGCAAACGCAAUUAAUGAAGGAACUUACACUUGCAUAGUGAAGAAAAAGGAAAGAAUCCUCACUACUUAUUCCUGGAGGAUCAGACUGAAGCACUGAGCCAGCCCUGGAUUCAGCUCCUGCUCCUGUUCCCAGCUGGUUUUUGGCAUUUUAGAUUUUAUCUCCAAUAGUGCAACUGAAUUCUUCAUCGGUGCUUUGGUACCUGGGACUGAUUAUGGAAUAUCAAACUCUUUGGAGUCCUUGGAAUGAUAAAGAAUUUAUCAACUAUUUGCUGUACAGAGAAUUAAAAACCUUUUUUUUGUAUGAAAAGUGUCA